AACGAUUUUGUAUUCGUCUCACUAGAUCAAAUUGGCAAUGUUAGUGUUAGUUUGCCUUUGUUUGCUGUAUUUUAGUACAGUAGACGGGGUAGGCUAUGUUGGUGUCAGACCUUCUUCACGUAAUAAAUGCUAUUACGAAAAUAUCAAGGACGCUCAUUUUAGUUACGAUAGAAAGGAUUUCUGUGAAGGUCCUUUUAAAUGGUGCAAUGUAAACAAAUGUUGGACAACCUGUGGCUCGAAAGAAAGACAGUCGCCCAUCAACAUAAAAACAAAAAAGGCAAGGUCCUUAAAUCGGUACCGUGGAUACAUUGUGUUAAAGGGUUUUGAUACAAGAGUGAAUGCCAAAAUCUACAAUAAUGGACAUGCACCGCACUUCGAAGUGAAUAAAGAAGAACGAAGAAAAAUAACUCUUACGCAUGUUCCUUUUAGAAGACAUAGAACAUACAACUUCGAACAGCUGCACAUUCAUGUUGGCAAAAAGAGGAGUAAAGGUUCAGAACACUCUAUAAACAACAAAUUUUAUCCCAUGGAGGCUCACUUAGUGUUUUAUGACAGGAGGUACAAAAACAUAACAUACGCUAAAUUCAGGCCAGAAGGAUUGGUUGUCCUAUCCGUAAUGAUCAAAGUAAAACAUGAUAAUGACAACAAUAAAGAGGAAGAAGAUGAACAAGGGCAUAUAAGAGACGAUAAAGAUAUUUGUAACAAAGGGCUCGACGAGGACUAUGCACGUUAUUACGAAAGGAGACGCUACAAAGGGCAUCGGCGUUGUAAAGUGAGGUUUGCUAAAACACUGAGUGAAAUGAUGACUACAUACUACAGGAAAAUAAGGAUGUAUAAUGGUAAAGGAUAUACAAUAGAGACACGAGAAACACAACCGCCAUGUCAUCCAGAGAAACUUCAACAAAGUUUCAUCAAAGAACACUGCAUAAUGAAAGUUGGUUCUUCACAUGCGAAAAUCCCAGUUUGUGGAAUAUCACCUCUAGAUGUCCUCCCCUACGACCGUAGAUUUUAUACCUAUAAGGGAUCGUUAACCACACCCCCAUGUUUUGAAACUGUACAAUGGAUAGUUCAUAAAUGCCCAAUAAAAGUAACACGCGAGGCAUUUCAAGCACUAAGGAAUGUUCAGGAUUCUCACCUUGAUCCGCUGUCAGACAUGGGAAUAAGAAGACCACAACAGAGAAAUAAACAUCCUGUCUUCAAAAACUUCUAGUAAGAUUGAAGCACACCAGAGGUAUCAUCGGCCUGGUGGAUACAUGUACCUCAAGAAAACACAUUACUUUUUUUUAACUUAUCCAUGAUCACAUAAUUGCAGUUUCUAGUAAUUUUAAAAUUAUUUAGAAAUGAGUGAAUUGUUAAUACACAGAACUUGUAAAUAGAUGUUGUUUACUCCUUUUUUA